AUGUCUGGCUUCCAAUUCCCGAAUAUCAAAGAAAAAUUAGAGGCGCCUACCAAGAAAUCCGCCUUCGAACGCGCUAAGGCCGAAGCAGAGGCAAAGCGGAAACGCGAAGCCGAGGAGACUGCCGCAGUCUACAAAGAGUUCGUAGAGUCUUUCGAGGACAAUUCUAGGCCCUCUUAUGCUCGUGGCUCGGAUAGAGGUGGAUAUGGAGGCUCGCGUUCGAAUUUUGGCCCUUCGAGGGCUGGGCCGACGGGAUUAGGGAAGCGACACUUUACUACGGGGCAAGGCAGGAGCGCGAUUAGCGGGCCUGGGACGUUGGGACCUCUACCGACAAAGAAACGAGAUCUCGAUACAUACCAGAGCGAAGGGAGCCAUGGCAGAGGCUAUGGAAAAGGAUCGCAUAGCACGAGUGGUGUUCUAGGCUUCGACGAUGGGGGAGAUGUGUCAACAGCAAAGGCAGCCAAAUCAGAGAGGGGUAUGAAGUUCGGCGAGGACGAUGAUGACGAUGACGAAUUCUCGAAGAGCAAGAAGGAACAAGCAAAGCCGACCAUCAGCAUGACACACCUACCUGCAAAGACCACCAAGAUUUCGGUUAUGGAGAUGAUGCAGCCUUACUUCCCCAAGUUGACGGCUAGUCAAGUCUCUAUGCAGACGAUAGGUGGCGCUGGAGGUACAGGGAGGAAGUCAAUGUCAGCUCUCAUCACAUUGCACACAGAUACCGCUGCGAGUGAGAUCGAUGCUGCUGUCAAUGGCUUGUCGAAUAAGUACAUGGGUUUUGGUUUCCGCCUCGGUAUCUCACGCCAUCUACCAUCUACCGCCAUAGGCUCAACAAUCACACCGACGGUGGCGGGACAAAGUGCAACUCCGUUCAAUGCACGUGCCGUAUUCUCCGGUGUUGGUAGAGGUGGCUUUGGCAGAGGCGGUUUCGCCCCGCCCUCGUCAUUUGGCCAUCCUGGUACGAGCUCGACGAAUAACAGUAAAUAUGUCGUCUCAGUCAACUCUCCAAAGGAUCUUAAGACCUUGCGAUUGAUACACAAAACCGUUGAGGCAGUCAUCACGCACGGGCCUGAAUUUGAGGCUCUUCUGAUGGCCAUGCCCUCAAUUAUUUCAGACGAGCGGUAUUUUUGGCUAUGGGAUAACAAAUCUACAGAGCACGUAUACUAUCGCUGGAGGUUAUGGGACGUCUUUACAACGAGUGGCUCAAAUAGUGAUCGGAAGCAAAGGUCAUAUUCCGGUACUACUAUUACACAAAUAUUCGACAACAGCAUUUCUUGGGAAUUGCCGCCAAAGAAACAGCAAAAGUUUGAAUAUGUCACCGAAUUGAAAGAUUUCAUAGAAGAUGAAGAGUACCAUAGUUCUUCAGACGAAGACGACGACGCUCACCAAGCACAGGAUUCGAACCCUAAUGCGGAGGAUACAAAAACUUACCUUGGUCCCCUACGGCGAGCAAAAUUAUACCAUUUGCUCUCAAGGGUACCUACAACCACAGGUACCCUACGGCGAGGAGAUGUUGCGAGGGUUAGCGGGUUUGCUGUGGAACACGCAUACGCUGCGGAAGAGAUCGUUGACAUCAUGUGCGCGAACGUCUCGCGGCCGGUGGCAUUCUCAUCUGCAAACCCCGACCACGAACCAUCUACUGUACUUGCAGAUAAGAGUGGCAAUGCUAAUGUAGCCAAGGAGGACCAGACUCCCGCUAAGCUUAUUGCAUUAUAUCUUAUCUCUGAUGUACUUUCGAAUUCGGGUUUGGGUGUUCGGAAUGUAUGGAGGUACCGGCAAUAUUUCGACCAAAGGUUGAGGGAGGGUAAGAUAUUUGAAGGACUAGCGGAAGUCGGUGACAAAGAGAACUGGGGGAAAAUUCGUCAAGAAAAGUGGAGAAGAAGUAUUCAAAUUAUUCUGUCUCUGUGGGAGAAUUGGAAUAUCUUCCCACAAACAUCUCACGAGGCGCUCCGGGUUGCGUUCAGCGAGCCGGUCGCCCCACAACAAGCUGCAGCUGCUCCAGAAAUUCCAAAAUCUGAAGUAGCCCCACCGUCAUCGACUGUUAAGUCGAGGUGGAGAACUGUUCCCGAAGAUCAGGAGACGGCCAAACCAAAAUUUAACCCGUACUUGGCUGAUUCCAUUGAAAACCAAGAUGAAGACGAAAAUUUGGAUGGCGAGGAGCUCGUUGAUGACGAUGACGUAGAUGGAGAACCAAUGGAAGAAGACGAUGUAGAUGGAGAACCAAUGGUGGAAGAAGAGGACGAAGACGGGGAACCAAUGGCAGAGGAUGAAGAUGAGGAGGUUGGUGAUGCCGGCGAAAAAGCAGACGAAGAAGUUGACAUAUUCGUCAAAGGCUCAGAAAUCGAACAAAAAGAGCCGCCAAAGGCCGAUCCAAAACCCAUGGUAAGCGGUGUUACACUUGGGUCCGGAUUUGGGUUUAAGAUCGGUGGGUUUGGAAGCAAGGCUGGGGCUGGGGUUGGUAGUACAGAAGAAGGGAGGAAGAAGAGGAUGAAAGCCGAAGAUAUGUUUGCCAACGAUGAUUCUGACGGUUGA